GAUCCAGAAGCCUCUUUCAUUUUGACAAUUGGCAGGAGCAGUAGAAUGCGAGAAAAAGGCCAAUAUGCCAAAGCAAUAUAUAGGGGUAAUUCUGUAACUUAAGAAAAUUUCUCCAUGUUUGACACCAAAAAUUAUAUAUAAAAGCUAACUAAAUACUUAAAACAUAUAGGAUAGAGCUAGCUGGACAUUGGUAUAGCUGUAAUUUAUUUGUUUAUUUUAAAAAAAAAAAAGGACUCAAGAGUGGCAAUGGGAAGCACAAAAACUGAGUUAUACUUUGUUUUCAUGAAUUAUGAUCCUGAAUACCAGCGUCUUCGAGCUGAUCGGUCAGCUCUCUAUAUCAUUACUACUUCAUAUUAAUAAAUAUGCAAGACUCUUCUCGAUGUUAUUUCUCAUGUUAUUGUCUUGUUCUCUCCCUCCAUGUUUCUUUUUUUCUCCUUUUGGGUGGAUGUCUCAAUUCUCAAGAACAAAGAAAGGGGCGUCCGAGCUUGAUUUGUAUCUGAGUAGGAAGCACGAUGAGCUGUUGGCAAGCACCCUUCAAGCUGGCAGCUACAAGAAGACCUUAUCUUUGGUCAUUGUUGAUGGUUUUGCAGUUGAAAUCACAGAAGCUCAGGCCAAUGUGCUUAGAUCUGCCAAUGGGGUAAGAGUUGUGGAGAAGAAUCAAGAGCUUGCUUAGUGCAGCUAGCAAUAGAAUACAAAAAAGCUUGAAGUUUGCAGAAGAGAAUAAAAAGUAGGUUUGCAGAACAUUUGUGCAAGUAGGUUUAAGCGGAUAUGUUGGAUAAAAAGGGUUAAGACUGAUCGUUCCUAGGGAGAUCUAAGUCAGGAAAUAUCCAUUUUUCUGCCAUUAUAUUACCACUUUUCUAUAAUUAGGAGAUCUUGGAUAUUACUAUUUCUCCAUAUCUUUCAAUUAUCAGCAGCAUUAAGCAAUUAAUUUAGCUUUUAAUGGAUCAGAUUAAGUGUAUAAGUAGUGGUAAUUAACUUCUUUUAAAUUAAGAUAUUGCAUAUGAAGUUCUGAAUAUUUAGUUUGAGCUUUCUUACCUCAAAUUUGAUUUUAGAAAAGAAAAUUCCUUGU